AGAAGAAAAAGGAAACUAAAGAAAACAAAUGGCGGAGAUAAGAACAGCUCGCCAUUAAUGCCCUUCCAGUUCCAACGAAUCCUUCCUAUUUCUCGGUCCCCCUCUCUCUGUCUCCUCGGUCAAACCGCCCUUCUUUCUCUCUCCCUCUGAGAACAAAUUAUUGCGGGAAUUUUCUUUUCCCGGUAGCAGAAAGACGAUGAUUUGAGUCCGAUCGUUCUCUACAUCUCUCCCCCGUCUGCUCUUGUUUCGUUAUUUUCACCUCUUCCCUUUUUCUCUUCGGUGACGUGGGACUGAGCUCCGCGGAGGAGCCCAAUCAUUGGUUUCCCAAGGAGCAGCACUCCUCUGCCGAUUUUGUUGUGAUUGGGUCGAAAAAGCCUUGUUGCUGAAUCGAGAGAAGGAUUAAAUCCUUCAUGGCUGGGUCGGACGACAACGUCACCAUGGUCGGUUACUGGGCGCCUCCUCCGAAUCCCAGCCCAAGGACCUUUCUGUCCACUUUUUUGAACGACGAAUUGGGUUCCAAAUCAUUCUCCGAUCUCUUGUCAGAGAAUGGGAUCGAGGGGCCGCCACGGGGAUCUGAUAAACAGAAAACGUUUAUGGGUCCAAAAGAAGAAGAGGGUCGGGCGGGAGUCCAGUACUCGAGCGAUCUCUCAUUAGAACCGAGCUUGUUUGGUGCUCACAAAUCAAGCUCCCAGGGGGGUCUUGCUGAGAGAAUGGCGGCAAGGGCCGGAUUUAGUGUUCCAAAACUCAAUAUCGCUCACAUUACGCCGGCCAACAUGGGAUCAUCAUCCUCGGAUGUUCGUUCUCCUUAUCUGACGAUUCCACCUGGUCUCAGUCCGACAACGUUGCUGGAGUCUCCAGUUUUUCUUUCUAAUUCCCUGGCUCAACCAUCUCCAACUACAGGAAAGUUUCCAUUUGUACAGAAUGGUAACUCAAACCCAAUCACAUCCUCAGUUUCAGCAUUUCCUAGUAAAAAUGAAGAUGUUCAUGGAGCUUUUUCCUUUAAGCCUCAUCUGGAUUCAAGUUCCUCGAGUUUUUCAAGUGCAGAAAAGAAGGGUGCUUCAACUGUUGAUCAGCAGCAGUCAUUACCAAGUAUACAGGUCUCUGUUCAAUCAGGAAAACCUGUUCAAACAUCAAGCCCAGAAACUGGCACCUUGAACUUGCAAAAUCAACAGCAAUUCAACCUUCAUGCUGGCUUUUCUGACUCAUCUGAUAGAAAAGACGCCACUGAUGAUGUCAUGUUCAACCAGAGGAUGUCUGAUUCAUUUAUGGGAAAUGAUCAGUCACCACCUCCUGAUGACCAACAAGAUGGUGAAGCUGAUCCAAAAGAAAUUUGUUCUGUGGCUCUUGGUGCACCAGCUGAGGAUGGAUACAAUUGGAGGAAGUAUGGGCAGAAACAGGUAAAAGGUAGUGAAUUCCCACGAAGCUACUAUAAAUGCACUCACCCAAAUUGCCAGGUAAAGAAGAAGGUGGAGCGUUCUCAUGAAGGCCAUAUCACAGAGAUAAUCUACAAGGGUGCUCACAACCACACCAAGCCUCCUCCGAAUCGCCGGACUGGUUUUCCAUCUUCCCACCCAUUCAAUGAUCCACAGAUUGAUGGUUCAGAACAGCCUGGCUUGCAGGCAAGCUUUGAAGGUAAGCCCUUACGGGCAAGCACACAGAACGGAACCGGAGGCCAAGAAUGGCGGGGUGAUGGCCAGAAGGCAUUGUCAUCUGCCACUGUUGCCGCUGAAUUCUGUGACCCAUCAACAUCCGUACAGACACAAGAUGGGCCUCGCUUUGAAUCCCAAGAUGCUAUAGAUGUUUCAUCCACUCUAUCCAAUGAUGAAGAAGAGGAUGAUCAGGCAACUCAUGGCAGUGUCUCGCUGGGUUGUGAUGGUGAGGGAGAUGAGACAGAGUCAAAAAGAAGGAAGCAUGAUGCUUGUCCAAUUGAAAUGUGUGCUGCUUCUAGAGCUGUUCGUGAACCAAGGGUUGUGGUUCAGACAACAAGCGAGGUUGACAUCCUCGAUGAUGGGUAUCGUUGGCGCAAAUAUGGACAAAAGGUGGUCAAAGGAAAUCCAAAUCCAAGGAGCUAUUACAAGUGCACAAAUCCAGGAUGCACAGUUCGAAAACAUGUGGAGAGGGCAUCACAUGAUCUCAAAUCAGUGAUCACAACCUAUGAGGGAAAGCACAACCAUGAUGUCCCUGCUGCAAGAAACAGCAGCCACCCAAACUCUGCACCCUCUGCAACAGCGGCCAACUCCGCAUCGCAGUCUCACAACCUUCAUCGAAGACUGGAACCAACUCAAGAUGGCCUGGUCAGGUUUGAUGCCCCAACACCACUUGGCACAUUUGGCCUGCCUGGUAGGGAACAGCUAGGACCAGCUGCCGCCGCCUUCUCUUUCGGGAUGGGUCAACAAAGCCUGGCAAACUUUAUGAUGGCUGGAUUAGGUCCGAUGGCCUCGAUGAAGAUGUCGGUUCUUCCUCCAGCCCAUCCUUAUUUGGGGCAUCGCCAGGUGACUGAAUCAGGGUUUAUGAUACCAAAAGGAGAACCCAAGGAGGAACCAAUGUCGGAGUCCAGGCUGCCCAUGUCAAAUGGAGGGUCAGUUUAUCAUCAGAUGAUGAGCAAGCUACCUCUAGGACCGUAGCUGUAAAUAAUAGGUCGAGGAAAGAUGGUUGUUUUCUGUACAACUGAAAAAGGGUGGAGAAAGUUCGUGUGCUCUUUUUUCUUUUAAUUACAGAGAAUGCAAAACAUCCUUGCUUGCUUUUUGAUAAGUGGCAUGCAUAGUUUAUAGCAGAAUAUUUGGCAAGUGGUUCAAAUGUUGAUUGAAUUUUAUCAAUUUUAAUUUGGCAAAUGAGUUCUGUGGAAAA